UGAAGUAGAUAGGUAGUGAUAACACCUGUAGGUCAGGUGAGUUAUAGAGCUGAGGACAGCAAGAGUACGUAGUACUGAAGAGUCGACCAAUCUUACCUGAAAACUACUGUAUUCCAGCUCCCCAUGAAAACAGAAAGUGAUGUAUGUGACUCAAAUGGUAACGACUGCAAAGGCGGAUCAAUGGUGAUGAAUCUGGUCCAGAGUUACCCACUCUUGGGCCCUGUAGGUGAGCCACUCAUCCAGCCGACAUGUGUCAGCGUGUCUCCCACCGGGCGUUAUGCCAUCACAGAUAGCAAGAGCUGCAUGAUUGUUGUCUACACCAAGAUGGGCUUGUACAGCCACCAUUUUAGCACCUUGCCAAAGCGACUGUUUUACCUGUACUGGAAUAUUGCGGACCAUGAGCCACAUUCAGUUGCAUGGUUAGCUGAUGAGAGGCUGGUGUACAGCCAGCCAUCGGGUGGAGCUGUGGUGAUUUGCCAUGGCAACGGGCAACGAUGUGGAGUGAUAAGCGGACGACCUCUGUAUGAGCCUUUUGGCUUGGCCGUGAACAGUGCUGAUCAAAUAUUUGUAGUGGAUCGUAAAAAGGGAAGGGUUUUAUGUUACGACUGCAGUGGGAAGCUUUUGCGCACCAUUGGCGGAUUUGGUGCCGUAGAAGGCGAGCUUACUCUUCCUCACUAUGUUGUCACUGGUCCAGAAGACACAAUAUACGUGAACAAUCUGCCACCUGGACAAACACAAAACCUGGUCAUGAUACACAAAUACAGUAACCGUGGAGCUGUGAUUGACAGCUGUGUGACAUCGGUCACGGCAGAGCCUUCUAUGGGCAGCCUUGCUGUGGACGAUAGAGGUGCCAUAUAUCAGCUUGAUCUGAAAAGUCAGCAGAUCAUCCAGGUAAGAGAGGCAGAAACCAACAGUGAAAAUGAAAGUGAAAGUAUUAACACCACCUGCACAUAUCAAGAGGAGGUGGUGAUGCUGGAUGGGUUAAAGCAGCUAGUGUAUGCUGCGAUAGGGCGGACAUCAGAAGUAGUGUGUCUUGAUAUUGGUGACAUGACAGUGAAGAUUUACACCCAGACAUCAUUAGUGAUGGAGAAUGGGGAUACUCGCCAUUACAUGAGAGAUUCAAGGGAAAUUCUAAAUGAAUUUGACAGCCCACCAAUGAGCCCUACCGAAACUAAUUUUUAGAUUAUCAUCUACAAGAGUGGUGGGGAGGUUGGAGACGAAUAUUGUAUUAAAAUAUUCUGGUAAAAGCUUAAGUAAUAUAUGAGGCAAUAAACAAAAUCUGUUUUUAUUUUAAUAUAUUGAGAGGACUAUUGCCACAAUUAUCAGAAUUUACUUUUUAUUACAGUAAUUAUUUUAUUUGUUUAAAUUUUGGUCCAUUUUAACAUGAGCAGUUUUUAUGAUGCCAAAUAUGGAAAUAUGUUUGUGAAUGACUGGUGCCUGUUACUGUAGCUAACUGUUACACGUAUAUGAUUAUCUGCUCUCAGUGAUCAUAUCAAUUUUAAAACACCUGUCAGUUAGCUGAUGGUGUUGCAUACCUUAUUUCCUGAUCACUUACAAGUAUGAUAUUUGCAUAACUGUUUGUAUGACUGUCUGUUAAAAAAAAAAAAAAAAAGAA